AUGGAUACCGAACAACAUAGAUGCCCUUGUCCCGCAUGCCAAAAUAGACAAGCUUCAUCGACCGUACCGGACGAAAUUGGCCAAAUCCUAGAAGGUAUAGAAUCUCCUCUUGAGAAACUAUUUUUCUUCCACUUUUUGCACUCAACAUCGCAUAUUUUGACGCUUCCGUCGGACCAGAAUGAAGACCCGGUUAUAUCGGUUGUGACUCCCAUGGCAGCCGAGCAUCCGAUGGUUCUCAAGGCUGUUCUCUGUCUGGGAGCCUCACAUAUGAUGAAUCACAUGUCUUCCAGCGAUACCGAGGCCUGUAUGUUUGCUGGUGAGAAACAGAAAUUGUUACAAGAAACAGAAGAGCUCCAAGACUCGCGAGUCACCGCUCUGCAGGACCUCGAUAGCCGGACACAGGAAAGAAGAGCUGAAUAUGAAGCCUUGCUUACGAGUUACCUCUUAUUAUACCUCUACGAACUUUCAGAAGGGACAGAUGAUGAAUCGUGGCAAGUGCGGCUUGGCAGGGCUAGGGAUAUCGUUUUCAGCGUGUGGGAGGAACAGCAGGGUGAAUCUGACGAAGGGGAUGACGAGGAAGAUGAAGGUCCGGACCGUGAAGAGCUGGAGGAACUCGGAUUCGAUGGCUUUCUUAUGCAAUUUUUCCUCUACCAUGACAUCCUCGCCAGCGUAACUGCCCAGCGGCCUAAAAGCAACUUGAUCAGCUGUCGGCUAGAGGCCUCUUCUUCACCCAAUACCGAUCAAAAGGAGCAUAUGUUCGGAGUGUAUAACGGUUUAAUCGAUAUCAUUUCGCGCAUCGCCUCUCUCCGUUCAGAUGCCAAUACAGCACCUCUUCUUCAAGCAACAGUAAUCGCUGAAGCUGUUGGUAUCUGGCAAGAUAUUGACGAUUGGAAGCUCCCUGACAAUGGAAUAUCAGAAGACUACCGCAACAUGUGCGAGGCCUGGAUCGCUGCUGCUUUCAUUUGGUUAUUUUCUAUCGUCUACCCUGACCGGAUUGCCGAUGAAAAGGUGCAGACUAUGGUCGAUAGGGGCUUGCAAUGCCUGUCUUCUGUUGAAUUACCAGGUUUGCUAUCGUUUACACAAUUUCCGGUCUUUGUCAUUGGGAUGGCUUGCAUACAGCAACAGAGCCGAAGGGUCAGCAAAGAGCAAUUAUAUCGUAUCAAGGAAUUUCGUCAAUUUCGGAAUGCUCAAGUGUGCAGGGUUGUUAUUGGAUCUGCUUGGGAGGCAUAUGAUACAGGAGACGGACAUAGCUGGGAUUGGAUUCGCCUCAUGGAAGUGCAAGAAACGAACGUAUCAGUUACCUGA